GUAAACACAUAUACGUCACACUCAGAUGUUCAUUCUGUGAAGAAGGCGCGAAAUUCUCUCACACACUUUGCCUGUUCCUCUCUGUGCUGACAGCCAUGACUGAAGUGGAAUCUGCAAGCACCAGUGCUUCAUCUGGAAAAGACAGAAUGGAGGCCACAGCAGAAGCCAGUAAGGUUUUGUCACAAGGUAAACGAAACUUGGUUUGUGGAGAAGUACCAGCUGCUGUAAAUCAGUUCCAGGAAGCUUGUAAAAUAUUAGCCAAAGCAUAUGGUGAAACAGCCAAAGAGUGUGCAGAAGCAUAUUUUUACUAUGGCCAGUCAUUGUUAGACUUGGCAAGGAUGGAAACAGGAGUGUUGGGCAAUGCUUUACAAGGAGUUCCUGAAGAGGAAGAAGAUACUUCUAAAAGUGCUGACGAACAGUUUGAGAAUGGAGACAAAUUGGAUGUGGAAGAAAGAGAAAAACUGAGAAUAGAAGUUUAUGAUGCAAUGUCUGAAAAGGAAAAGGCAGAAAAAUCUGAUAAAGAGCCUUCAAAUGGAGAAAAAAUGGAAACUGAUGAAAAAGGAGAUGCUAAAGAAACCAAGGAGGAAAAAGAUACAGAAGAAACUAAGGCGGAGGAAAAAGAUGUUAAAGAAACCAAGGAGGAGGGUGAAAAAGUGAACGGCACAGAAGAGGAAAAGAAAGAAGGUAAGGAAGAGGAACAGGAAGGAGAUACUGCAGAAGAGGGAGACACGGCAGAGGAGGGUGACACGGCAGAAGAAGGUGACACGGCAGAGGAAGGUGAGACAGCAGAGGAAGAGGCUGCUGAAGGAGAAGACACUGCUGAGGAAGGGGAAAAGAAUAAAGAGAAAGAAGAGGACCCUGAUGAUGUUUCUAACCUACAGCUGGCAUGGGAAAUGUUAGAAUUGGCUAAAGUUAUAUAUCUAAAAGAGGAAGAUAAGGAAGCCAAAUUAAAAGCUGCAGAUUCAUAUCUGAAACUUGGUGAAGUUAGCUUAGAAACUGAACAAUAUGAACAAUCAAUAUCAGAUUUUAAUGAAUGUUUAAAAAUUCAGAAGACUGUAUUGGAACCUCAGGACAGAUCAUUAGCAGAAACAUAUUACCAGUUAGGAUUAGCAUACUGUUUUCACAAACUUUACGAUGAAUCAAUAGACAGUUACAGAGCAGCAAUCAAAGUUUUGGAAGAUAGAAUAGCAAAAUUAACAGACAUUGUGAAAGGUGGUGGGGAUGAAAAAGAAACUGCAGAAUCCAAAGAUGAUCCUAAAAAAUCGGCAGAAAGUGAAAUCAAAGAAAUCAAUGAAUUACUUCCUGACAUGAGGCAAAAGAUUGAAGAUUCAGAAGAAGAAAAGAAAAAUUAUGAACAGUUAAAAGCAAUGGCAAAGGAAGCAGUUGGAUUUGGAUCAGAAGCCAAAGAAUCAGAACAAAGUAAAACAGAUAGUAAGCCAGCAAGUAAUAUCGGUCAUUUGAUCCGAAGAAAGAGGAAACCUGAUGAAGAUGAAGAAAAAGAACCAGACACAAAGAAAACGAAGCAGGAUGGAGCAGGUGAUGCUACAGUUAACGGAACAAACGGAGUAAUGGAAGUGGACAAGAAAAAAGCUGAGGGAGAUGUACUGCCACCAGCUGAGGCAGUUGCUUCAUGAACAACAUCUCAGGAACAAUUAAGUGCUAUAACGCGAUCAAUCUACACAAUUUUUGUAUUUAAUGGUCUUUAUAUAUUUAUAUUUUUAAAAAUGUUAAGUACUAAAGAUUACUGGUGCUAAAGUUAAGAACAGUGACAAUUAACGUAUAAUCAUGUAACUUGUGUUGAUUUUUCCUUUUGAUUGACACCUGUUCCAAUAUACUGUGUGAUCAUCCUGUCAGUUCAACCAUUCUCAUGUUUCAGUACAUUGUAUCUGCCAUGUUGUCUCUUUACUGUAGUGCUCUAAUCAUGAGAUUAAACUCAUCAAUCAUC